CCAGUACCAAAAGCAAAUGCAGAGAAAGUUUUGUACAGGAAUUUUGUAAGAAUGACCAUCUUGAAGUCAACCAAGAGUUUGUGAUAACUAUAUAAGCUGUAGAUGACUCAGAGAAUAAGAUAGCUAUUGGGAGUUGUUUCGAAGGACAGUGGCAAAAUGGUAAAAGACACGGUUUGGGAGUUGAGACGAGAGGACGAUGGAUAUAUAGGGGAGAAUGGACGCAGGGUUUCAAGGGGCGGUACGGUGUUAGACAAUCGAAUACGUCGACGGCUAAGUACGAAGGGACUUGGGCGAAUGGUUUACAAGACGGAUAUGGAUCUGAGACAUAUGCAGAUGAUGGAACAUAUCAGGGACAAUGGAUGCGGGGCAUGCGACAUGGCUACGGUAUCAGAAAAAGCGCGCCGUUCGGUAAAGCAUCCAAAUACAGAGCGAACAAAACACUGAGAGCGUCGUUGACAUCAUUACGUAGUAAUGAAGGCGCACAGGGUGGUCCAAAUCCUGAGUUAACCGACAAGAGAGACCGUAGGGUAGAUGAUUCGAGGGGUGGCUUCGUAUUGAAAAUGAAUUCCGCAGAACCAACAGCGAGAAGGCGAUCAUUAGGAUCGGGGAACGUUAAGAAAGGGUUAUUUACGGGUUUGAAACUAAAAAAACAACGAAGUACUGGAGAUUUAGAAAAACGAGGGGGUUCAGGAAGCAUACGAUCUACAGGGUCUUCAGCAUCUUGGGUCAGUACGGAUUCCGCGCAGUCAGCUAUGACGAAUGCCUCCAUACCGUCCGAUUCCAAUGCAAGUUUUGUUAUAGAGGACGAAACUAUGGAUCCUAGUGUAGUGGAAACCUACAUGGGCGAAUGGAAAAACGAUAAACGAUCAGGAUACGGUAUUAGUGAACGAUCGGACGGUUUAAAAUAUGAAGGUGAAUGGUACAAUAAUAAGAAAUACGGAUACGGCGUAACAACAUUCAGUAACGGCGAAAAAGAAGAAGGAAAAUAUAAAACUAAUGUUUUAAUAACUAGCCAAAAGAAAAAAUUAUUUUUAAUGAGAAGUGCUAAAUUUAGGGAAAGGAUAGAUGCGGCGGUAAACGCCGCUCAACGAGCUUCAAAAAUAGCAUUACAAAAAUCCGAUAUAGCUAUCAAUCGAACAGCAACAGCAAGAGGAAAAGCAGAACAAGCAGAUAUAGCGGCAGCGCAUGCUAAAGAAGAUUCUGAUAUAGCGGAAAAUGUAGCUAAACAAUACGCCCCCGAUUUUAAACAGCCUGGUUUAGAAAGGCUAAGAGCUAGACAGAAUAAAUAUAGAGAAAGACAGAUGCAAAAUCAGAGCAUCGACGCAGAAAAUAAACCAAAUAUAAAUUCAAUUAACCAAAUGGCUAAAAUUCCUAACCAAAUUCCCAAUCAAAUACCCAACCAAAUACCCAAUCAACUAUCGAACCAAAUACCUAAUAAAGUCAAUCAAUUAUCUAAUCAGAAUCAAAUGAAAUGGACGAAUCCUAACCAACAAAAUCAAUCCCAAGUCAACAACUACACGCAACCCUCCAAUCCCUAUCCCCAAUCUCAAUACAUAGAUCCCAAUAAUAAACCCAACAAUCCUUAUAGCAAUCCUUCCAGCAGUAAUCCCUAUAAUAACACUGCACAGAUGCAUUUGAAUGAUAAUGGACCGCAUCUUUCGAAAAAUCCCAAUGAAAUCAAUCAGGAUAUUGGAAUCAAACCAUCAUCUAAUACCGAUAGUACUGUGAAAUCAUCUAAUCAAGAAACUGGGUUUAAGAACGUUAUGUCUCCCAGAAAUUCAAUACCCACAGAAGACCAUAUGCAAGGUUCUGCGUUAAGGAGAAUGUCGAGGAGAGUAUCUGGAGAUCGACCGUAUCUAGGAAACAUUGGACAGCAGUCCUCAAUAGACCAUUUCGAUCAUUACAAGAGACCACCAAGCAGAGACUCUAGCGUUGAUAGAUAUUCGCGUGCAACAGGCCGACUGAGUAACGCUAUGAAUUCAAGACAACCAUCUGUAGAUCGUACAGCUAAUGUUGUACCAAGCGAAACUCCAGACCGAACACUGCGAGCACCAUCUGCAACCAGAGGAAGUACCCCAGCACCACCUAAUUUCACAAAUCCCUCAUCUGUAGCUAAAAACGGUUCAGUAAUGACUGGAGCCGCAGUGAAAAUGACCGAAAGUAACGCCAAGUUAGCAGGAAACUCAACUCCAGUGCCACCUUUCGAGGAUAUUAUAAUGAGGAAGCGUGGAUUAGGGCAAGAUAUCGUACCGUCUCUCAACCAACCAAAAAGGACUGAAAGUCUUUUUAUCCCUGGGCAGCAAACCACUCCUGCUGCUAAGGUCAGUACUCCUCAGAACCUAGUGACUCAAACUUCGUUGCAGAGAAAGAAAUCACUGCCUGAUUUUCAAGAGCUGCCCAGAACGACUGGCGCAAUGUCCAGAGAGGAAGUUUCCUAUUUGGGCUCGGCUCGCCGAGAAGAAAUGAGAAGACAACAAGAUGAUUACGAAAGACUCCGUGCCAAUCCACUCCUCUACUUAUUCAGUCCCCAAGUCAAGGACUGGUUCUCGCGCCAACAGUUGGUCCUUGUAGUUCUAUUCAUCAACAUCUCUUUGGCAAUUAUGUUCUUCAAGCUACUAACAUAGUACAGGCUGAGCGUCGACGGACGCGUUGGGACAAACAAGAUAAAAACGAGUUUAAACAAGUUUUACAAUUUACCUAAAUAAAGACAUUUUUACAGCAUCAAUUUUUGGUCAUGCUUCGGUUUGGUGGUUUGCAGAUCUGUACAGUAAAGGUCUUUUAAUCACAAAAUUAUAACAUUUUAAUAACUUUUACUUGAAACGGCACAAAAUAUUUCAAAUAUAGUGAUAAUGGGGCUGAUUAUUUGACUGACUUUUUCUGUACAGAUCUGUAGCGCUCGUUAUUGAAUGCGUGAUAUUUUGUGGAUAAGAAGAAUGCUGUGUCGUUUUUUGGGAACAUUUUUCGCUGUUGGAUUUUUUGUCAGAUUUUAUGAAAAUGUUUCUUGUAUUGGUCACGUUUUUUUACAUUGUGCUGCUAAUUUGGAAAUAGUUGCACGAUUGUAGUGACAUAUUUCCCCAAACGAUUAAUUUCAAUAAAAAAAAGAUAUAAAAAUUAAAAAAAAAUAUAUUCACGAAACACUCUAUUUUUGGAAAUGAUUGUUUUGCGAGAUUUAUUUUCGAGAUGUGACAAUACCUUUAAUGAUUAAAGAUAUGACUGUCAAAAAUAUUUCGAAUCAAAAGUUUCAUUCUACAUUAGGAUAGUUUCUACUAGAUUUUUAAUUUAGUUUGUAUAAAUGACGAAUUUUAACUAAAAUGUGUUGUUUCUUACAAGGUUUAGAUGAUUUUGAAGUAUAUAACAAGACUUGCCCAAAUAUAUGGGUGUUAAAAAAUGUUUUGUCGAACCUAUAAGAUAUUUACUAAACCGAAAUUAGAGUUCGAAGCAUUUUGAUUUAGUACUGAUCGUAAAAAGUAGCAACAAAUUAUAUAUUUUAUUUUUAUUCAUAUUUUAGUGAUAGGUGAUUCCUUAAAUAUUAUUAUAAAGUAAUGAGUACAAUUAAGCUAAACUAAAAUACAGUUUAUAUAGAGAUUUACUUCAAUGACAUUGAAAUACCCCAUUAGACUCAAUUUUUUUCUUAUAAUGGACCUUUUGACAUCUAAUGAGAUCACUUUGAAGAAUCUCCACUAUUAUAAUAUCAUAAUUCAACUGAUUAGCGCCCAAGUUACGACAAAAUCAAAAUGAAUUUAUUUUAAAAAAGUUGUAUAAACAUGUUGUUCAUUGAUAACUUAUAUCGAAAUAUUUAUUUAUGCUUCUAAACUUUCUUGAUUUUAGAUCCCUUCUGAUUUAAAAUUAGUUUCUUUUAUAAUUUUUUGAGAGCAAAUGAAAAUUUGACAUUUCUACUUAUUUUAAUCUUCAUCCAAGAAAGAUAUUGAAGAAUAUUUCUUUAUUAUAUGAGUAUUUCUACUGGCCAAAAUCAUAUAGAGUUGCACACAUCAUAUUGAUUGGUAUACCAGACAAAGACUCAACCAAGGUGUUAUCUUACCGGCCAAUGUCCAACCUCCUUGAAAAUUACUUCUACGUAGAAUAACUGAAGACUUACCUCCACAAGAAUAGAUCCCCUGCCAUCUGGAUUCAUACAGAAACAUUCGACAGUGCAACAAGUCCACCGACUCACGCAGAAAAUAAAUAAAGCCCCGGAGAACAAAGAUUACUGCUCUGCUGCUUUCCUCGAUAUCUGAUAGGCGUUUGACAGAGUGUGGCAUCAAGGACUGCUAUACAAAAUUAAAAGGACUCUUCCAUCAAACUACCACCCAUUUCUGAAAUCUUACCAGAACCUUCCAAACCAAAUUUAAUGAGGAAAAGUCCUAACUUUGCCCAGUCAAUGUCUCUACUAAUCAAGAACCACAAACAGCAACGAAAAAUGUUCAGGCUCAUCUGAAUCAAUUAUAUUACAAAAUUGAAGGAUCAAAGUUAAUGAGAGCUAGUUAAGUUGAACAAUACAGAAAUAUUACAAGCAGAUAGUGCUAAAUACUUUGGAAUCCAACUGGACAAAAAACUUGACUGGAAAUAUCACAAAAAAAAUCCAAAGUCUCACUUGACAACAAAGUCUUAAUCUACAAAUUUGUCAUCAAGCCUAUAUGGACAUAUGGAAUUGAGCUGUGGGGUUGCGCUUCCAAAACUAUGGUAUGUAUCAAAUCAUACCAUUCACGUGGAUCUGGAAGUGUCCACUGUACAAAAGGAAACGAUCAUCAAACAUCACAAAACUAUAUAAACCCACCUAAAUCCACUACUAAAGGAAUUGUCAAGACCAAGAAACAAAAGGACUGAAAAAAAUGGCCAAUAGACCUAGUAUGAGAUAUAAGAGGUUACAUCACUGGAAGUAAACCUCAUCAAGACAUUAUAUAUGCUAGAUUAUUACGACUAAAUUAACUCAAAUAUUGUAUAUAAAUGUUCUGAUUGUUAAUAAAAUUUUGUUAUAAAAAAAAUGAUUGUUUCAGUUAGCGUUCCAUCAUGCAAGAAUAAACCGGAACGUGAGUAUCAAACCAGACCUUCUGCACUCCUUCAGUCGUCUUGGUAUUAGCUUCUACUAGUAUCUAGUGGUACUAACAUACCUACAUAAAGCUAUAGAGAUACAGAUAUGAUGGACUUUGCGGUUUAUCUUCUUAAAACAAACAACUAAAUCUUCUGAUUUAUCCUAAUAUGAGUGAGCUCUUCUUCGCAGGUUUAGAUGACAGACAAGCUUCGAUAUUUCACAAAAAAGAGGCGACCAUUCGUUCGAGAGCAUGUGCAACACACAGAAACAUUUUUUUUUACGUACAACGCUAUAAUAUGUGUGUGUAACCUAGGGGUCAUGAAAUACCUGAUUUUCUGAAAGCAUUCCGAAGCAAGUGCAUGGUUUUUCUUGUAUUAUAUGACUUACAAUGUGGCUAUUGGUUCAAAAAUCAUUAAAAUUUUGCUUUAACAUCGAAAUAUUGUUGAUAUUUAUUUUUCAUAGACCAUAUUAAAGGACGCUAAUCAAUUGAAAGCUAAUAAUGUGGAUGAAUAGCCAUUAUUUCCAUUUAGGGAUUCAGAAAAGAACCGUUCAGUAUUGUUAAUAGAGUAAACGUUAAUUUACUAUCGUUAGUUUUUUUAAUUAUAUUCGCCAAGGUCACCAGUUUAAGUCAUUUAGCUAGAUUAAGCCCAUCUGACGAAUACCUAAAAUAUUUAGUGAAAAAAACUGUUGAAAUUGAAUCGAAACUUCUGUUAGUACUAAAGCAAACUGAUUCAAAUUCUAUACAGGGUGUACCAAGCAGCAUUUGCACCUCGAAUAUCUCGAGUUAUGUGCUGAAACAGGUCAGUUUUAAUCUACAAGGGUCUCAAUAUUUAUUGUAGUUUUAAAGGAGUUAAAUCGGACGACCUAGAUGGCCAUUCCAUAGAAUCUAGUUAACGUCCACGAAAAUGACCAUCUAAAAAAUACUACAGGUUUCCACCUUUGAUGUUAAUAAAAUUUAUUAGUAUUUAAACCUCAAUUAGUGUGUAUAGAAACAUGUUUCAUUCCAUGGAUUACAAAAAAAUACUGAACGGGAUUAAAAAGUCGUUUGAAAAUAUAAUAGAAUGAAAGCAGCUUCAAAAUAUAUAUUUCUCAACACCCCUUGUCUUGUAAGGUUUCUCUAGAGGUGAUUAUUGGUGCUGUAGGGACAUAAAUUUAGCCCCAUUGAUCUAGUGGAUGCCCUUUAUAUUUUUAUUAUUAGAAAAUAUAAUAUUUAAGAAAACAAUUGACAAGAAGUUGUGAAAAAAUGAUUAUAAUUCCCACUAAUUGAUUAAAAAAAAUUGUAAUAAAUAAAGUAUUAUUACUCUCGAUGUGUUGUGAUAUCUUGAAGAACCAUUAAGAAAGUAUACAAAAAAAAUUGAACAGAACUCUCUUUCAAGAUAUAGUUUAUAAUUUGUUUAUAAUUCUAGAACCGAUUAUUUCCAUUGUAAUAACCAUUAUAGAAAUGUAGAUGUCUCCCGUUUUGAACAAAACUCAUAAUAUUCGAGGGUGCAAUUUUUUUUGUGUCGCCCUAUAUAUUCUAUAUGCAAAAAAUUGUGCAUUGGUGAAAACAGUAUAUCGAUAUUGGUCUGAGAAAAAAUAAUAAUAAAUUGUAUACUUACCUACUUUGUAUAUAUAUAUAUGUAUCUUGAAUUUAGUUGUGCCCUUCAAUUAACCACUCGAGAUUAUUUAUUUAAUUUAUUCGAUGAGUAUAAAAUGAUGUAAAUAAUCGUUAAAGCAACAAUAGGUAGUUUGAUAAUGUGUUCCUGGCAUUGUGAUUUUUUAGGAACAUCUUAAAAAUAUGUCACUAUAUUCCUUUUAGUAAGAAAACGAGACCAAAACUUAAAUGAUUUAUUAUACUUCACUUGUUAUUAUAAGAUUUUAAAAACAAAUAUAUUUCAGUUUUAGCUUAUAUAUUUAUAUUAGACUCGAAAGUCUAUUCUUGUUGUAUCUACGAAAAUUUCUAAUUUGUAAUCAGGACAAACAAUUUAAAUUAUAACUUUGUCAUAAUGGAAAAUUGAUUUACUCUCAAAUAGUAUGUUUUCAACUGGAAACUGUGGUUAGAAUCAGUCUACUGUCUCGUUCCAGGUUUAUGUAGUCACUACGUCGUAGUGGAAAGUCGACAGCAAAUAUAACCGAAUAUAAGUUCAUAAAUCCUACAAGUCUUCAAUAUAUAAUCCAUAUCAUAACAUAUGGUUGUCAAAACUGGAUAUCCUCAAAGGAAAUCAUUGAUAGAAUAGUGUAAACAAUAAAAAAGACAUUAAACAUAAAACUGGUAGGUAUGACAGGUGACAAAGUUAGAGUGGAAAUUCGCAGGACGUACCUUAAGAUUAAAAGACGACUGAUGGAAUAAAACAUCAAUAUAUUGGAGACCUUGGACUAAAAGAGGAAAAAAUUAGGACCGCAACUGCUUUGUUGAGAUGAUUUCAAAAAAAUCGCUGGACCCAAACGGACGCAACUAUUUAAAAUAGAGAAAAUGAGGCUUAUAUAGAUAGAUAGGUAUAUAAAAUGUGAGCUAAGAAAAAUAUUUUACAGAUUUCUUUGAGCUGAUUGUACCCAUACUUAUAUUUCCGUAUAUUUUUAAUCAAAUAUCAAUUUUUUUAUAUAAAUCAGAAAAAUUAUUGGAACGUAACCUCAUAUUUGUGUAUAAUGUCAAAAAUGUAUCUUUUGACAUCUGACGUGAUGGUAAUUUUAGAUAGUUUACUGUAUUUCGCGUAAAAAACAUGACGUGAAUAACGCCAAUGUAUUUCACCCAACGUUUUAUACUAAUACACUGUUUACACUACCACUACACCAACACUGACAAUUACAUUGUCUAACGCGCUUUUAGAUAACCAAGUUAUCGUCUUAAUUAAGACUCAGUUUACCUUCAGUCUCUGAAGACGUAAACUUGGUUAUCGAAACGCGCGUCAGACAGUGUAAUUGUCAGUGUUGGUGUAGUGGUAGUGUAAACAGUGUGUUCAGUAUAAAUAUCGUCAAUGGUUCCAGAAAUUCCAGCAACUUUUUAUAUAGAAAUAACUUUAUAAGGGGAGUUGUCCAGUCCACAAAUUAGAUAUUUUUGAUAUUUUUGGUAAUUCUUGCAACUAGAUAAAAAUAGCAAGAAAAAUUUGAUGAUGAAAUUGGUCGCACAAAUAACUUCCUCAAGACAAAAUUAUAUAAAUUUUGUAAACGUAGAGAACAUAUCUUUCAAUCCAUUUUUACAUUAUUACUAUGUAUUUACAAAUAUAUUUAUUACGCAAAUAACACAGAUUAUACUAAAAACUAUAUUGAUGAAGAGUAAUUUGAAACGGAUAUAGAAAAAGAUUGUUAAAACCGCGGGACAAAAAUAUAACCUAAAAGUCAAUACAAAAUAUCAGAUUUUCUAGUCUUUUUUUCACUAUACACUGUUUUUCUGAGUGUAGGCAAUCGGUAAAUAAAGUAUAUUCUCACUAAAGCUAUUUUCAACUAAUGAAACUCUACCUAAAGCUUUGAAUUUGUCCUUGUAAUUCUCAGCUGCCACUGGGUUAUCACUUUGCAAUCUUAUGAAGUAUUCACUCAUGUUUGAUCGACUUGAACGCAAUAGUUAAAACUCAAGUCCAAAAAACUCUCGUUAAUUCAAGCACAGAAGAUACAAAACUGUCCCUAAAUUUUGUAAAUUGCUUGAAAGCUUACUUACAGACUAACAGUAUUUAUGGAGCCCUCAUAACACCAUAAAGCAAAAAACAACACGAAAAAACUCA